AAUCCCCUGCGACGCAGUUCCUCACUUGCGCUCCACGAUUCACAAAAAAGUACUUUUAACGGUCAGAUUAGGUUCCCAUCCGAUUCUCCAUUCUGGGAAAUAUAUCUCCGAAAUAAAAAAAAAGUAAUUUUCUUUUUUCCUUUUAGGUUAUGAUAUAUAAAAAAAAAAGGAAAGCUAAAGUUUGUGAGAGAAUCCCAUAGUUUCUCUUUCUCUGAAUUGUUUAAAUCUAUGUCCAAGUAGCUGGAAUCUAGGGUUUAGAUUCGCUCUCGCAGAUAACAAUGGAGUUGGAUGACGUUAGUAUCGAGGAAGCAAUUAUAAUGAGUGGUUCGUGGAAGAUUAGGAAGAAGAGGAGUCUGAAACCGUUUAAGUCUAGAGGUCUUUUUAGCGGUAGGAGUAGUAGUAAGGUAGUAGUAGAAGAAGAAGAGAGCGGGAGGAGCUUGAAAGUGGUGUAUAGCAGGAAAGGGAAGCAUUCUAGUGGUGGUGGUGGUGGUUCAGCGGUUAAAAGGAAUAUGAAAAGAAGGAGAAAUGAGAAAGAGCAAUGUUCUGAAGAUGAUGAUGAUGAUGAUGAUGAUUGCAAAUUAGGUGAGUGGAUGCGAAGGAGAACUGUGAAUAGGAGUGAGAAGCGCAAAGAAGUUAUUAGGCCUAAGGUUGAGUCAGGGGAACGUUUUGAAGAUGAUGAUUGUACGAUUAGUAAAAGGCGUUCUGUAGUCAGUAGGAAAAAGAGAGACAGACGCCAAGUGGAGAUUGAAGAAGAUGAGGCAUGGGAAGAAGAAGUUCUACUGUGUGUAAAGAUCAAGUCAACAUCAUCACGAAGCAGGACUCGUAAUUUAGUUUCCAACAGUACUGAAAACGUUGCUGAUGUUAGUACUUCCAGUUCGCGUUCGCCAGCUUCUGAUGUAUCAGAUCCCCUUCUCAAAAACGGGAUAUCUAAUAAUGACUGCACAAGCGUAAGACAGGAAUCGAAGGUAGGCCCAUUUUGCCAUCAGUGCUUGAAAGGGGAAAGGAUAACUCUUCUCAUUUGCAGUGAAUGUGGAGUGACGAUGUACUGUCUUCAAUGUAUAAGGAAAUGGUAUCCAAAUCUAUCUGAGGAUAAUGUCAUUGAGAAAUGUCCUUUCUGCCGUAACAAUUGUAAUUGCAGCAAAUGCUUGCAUUUGAAUGGUUCAAUUGUGACACCCAAGAGGGAACUCUCGAACUCUGAAAGACGCCAUCAUCUUCAGUACGUGAUUACAUUGAUGCUUCCGUUUCUGAAUAAGUUAUCCGAACUCCAGAACCAAGAGAUUGAAAUUGAGGCGAAGGUUCAAGGAUUACUGCCUUCUGAAGUUGAAAUAACUAAGGCAAUAAGCUACACUGAUGAACGCGUAUACUGUGAUCAUUGUGCAACUUCCAUUGUUGACUUGCACCGAAGCUGCCCAAAGUGCUCUUUUGAACUUUGUUUGAAGUGCUGUCAAGAGAUUCGUGAAGGAUCACUUUCUGAACGCCCUGAAAUGGAGGUAGACUAUGCUGAUAAAGGAUACCAAUAUAUGCAUGGUUUAGAUACUGCAAGACCGAGCGCCUCUUCCACUUCUGAAGACGAAGAAGCUAACCCAUCCAACACUAAGUGGAGCCUUAGUGAUAAUGGAAGCAUUACUUGUCCACCAAACAAGCUAGGUGGUUGUGGUGAUUGUAUAUUAGAGCUUACGAGGAUCCUACCACAGACGUGGAUGUCAGACUUGGAGCACAAAGCAGAGACUUUCUUGGCAUCAUUCAAUAUUAGCCCUAGAAUGUUGAUCUGUGGGUGUUCUCCUUUGGAUACUGAGAUGACAAGGAAAGCAGCUUCAAGGACAAAAUCAAGUGACAACUACCUUUUCUGUCCUAAAUCUCUUGAUGUCUUGAAGGAAGAAGAGCUUCUACAUUUUCAAGAGCAUUGGGCAAAAGGUGAACCAGUAAUUGUUAGGGACGCUCUUGAUAACACACCUGGUUUAAGCUGGGAGCCAAUGGUUAUGUGGCGGGCGUUAUGCGAAAACGUGAAUUCACCAAGGAAGAACAUAUGA